UCAAAAAAACACAAACACCCCUCUCCCCUACCUUUCACCGAAAAGUGCAAACACACACUUGACUUUUAGAUUAAGAACAUCAUUAACACUCCAUUAAAGUAAUCUCCCCCCAAAAGUCUUUCCUUUUAAUCCUGCAUGGGUUCAUGUGACUUUCAAUUCACUCCACAUUUUCCCUGUUACAAACUGAUCAGAUAAUGGGUUCUUAACUAUCUGUCAUUAGCAGAUAAAUUAAGGGAAACCCAGUUUUGGGUUUUUAACGGGGAUGAGUGGAAGGGUUGUUAAAACAGUUGGGGUGUUCUUGAAAGAUGGAAGCUUUUUAGUGUGUUGUUGUGGUACUGAGGUCUGGGUGGGAAAAUAAGGCUGAAAGUUUCAGGCUUUUUCUUGUUUGAAGAGAUGGGUGUUGUUACAAUUGGAGAACUGAAACCAAGUGUAUCUGGGAAGAGAUCUUUUCGUCCUAGUUCCAGUAUCCGGCAUGCAACAGAAUGGCUUGCAGUAUAUGUUCCUGCAUAGUCCCUAAACUAAUGUUACUACCAAACAUGCCGAUUUCUGACGUUUCAAGCGAUCUUACCGUUGAAGUUGGGGCAUCAAACUUUGCACUACACAAAUUUCCACUAGUUUCUCGAAGUGGAAGACUUCGUAGACUCUUGGUGGAAUCGAAGGAUGCCAAAGUUUCUCGAAUCAGUCUAGCAGCUGUACCCGGUGGAUCAGAGGCAUUUGAGAUUGCUGCAAAGUUCUGCUAUGGAAUACAUGUUGAGAUUACGCUAUCAAAUGUCGCGAUGGUACGUUGUGUAGCUCAUUUUCUUGAAAUGACAGAGGAUUUUGCAGAGAAAAAUCUGGAGACUAGAGCUGAAGCUUAUUUGAAGGAUAUGGUGCUCCCACAUAUAUCAAGUUCAAUAUCAGUUCUUCAUCAUUGUGAGACCCUACUGCCUAUAUCAGAAGAGAUCAACCUAGUUAACCGGCUUAUCACUGCAAUUGCAAACAAUGCAUGCAAAGAGCAACUCACUUCUUGCUUAUUGAAACUUGACCAUAACUUUCCUGGAAAAACUAUGCCUAAUAUGGAACCAGAAACACCUUCAGAUUGGUGGGGGAAGUCGCUCACAAUGCUUGGUCUCGAUUUCUUCCAACGAGUCCUCUCUGCAGUGAAAUCAAAGGGGCUAAAGCAGGAUAUGAUUAGUAAAAUUCUGUUCAAUUAUGCCCACAAUUGUCUUCAGGGUCUCGUUGUUAGGGAUCCUCAAGUGGCCAAAGGAAGUGUUUUGGACUUGGAGUUGCAGAAGAAACAAAGGGUCAUUGUGGAAGCAAUAGUGAGCUUACUCCCAACACAAUCAAGGAAAAGUCCAGUUCCAAUGGCUUUUCUUUCUAGCUUAUUAAAAACUGCUAUAGCAGCAUCAGUAUCUGCAUCUUGCAGAUCGGAUUUGGAGAGACGGAUUGGUCUUCAAUUGGAUCAGGCGAUUCUCGAAGACAUUCUAAUUCCAUCUAAUACACAUGGAAACAACCACAGCACCAUGUAUGACACAGAGUCAAUCUUGAGGAUCUUCUCCAUUUUCUUGAACCUGGACGAAGAUGACGACGAAGAUAAUCAGUUGAGGGAUGAAAGCGAAAUGGUUUAUGAUUUCGAUAGCCCUGGAUCUCCUAAGCAAAGUUCAAUCAUCAAGGUAUCAAAGUUAUUAGACAAUUAUCUAGCAGAAGUUGCACUAGACUCGAACUUGGUGCCAUCAAAGUUCAUCGCACUGGCAGAACUACUUCCGGACCAUGCUCGUAUAGUGAGUGAUGGAUUGUAUAGAGCAGUCGACAUCUUCCUCAAAGUUCAUCCUAAUGUCAAGGAUUCUGAACGAUAUCGACUGUGCAAAACGAUUGAUUCCCAGAAACUGUCUCAAGAAGCUUGCAGCCACGCAGCGCAGAACGAAAGGCUGCCCGUACAAAUGGCAGUCCAAGUUCUAUACUUUGAGCAGAUUAGACUUCGCAAUGCAAUGAAUGGUGGACAAAACCAGUUUUUCUUCGGCUCAAUCAACAGUCAAUUCCCUCGACGUUCAGGCAGUGGUGCAGGAAGCGGAGCAAUCUCCCCGAGAGACAACUAUGCGUCGGUGAGAAGGGAGAACCGGGAGCUGAAGCUUGAAGUUGCAAGAAUGAGAAUGAGACUGACAGACUUAGAGAAGGACCAUGUGUCUAUGAAACAGGAGCUAGUGAGGACUCAUCCUGCAAACAAGCUAUUCAAAUCAUUCACCAGAAAGUUAAGCAAGCUCAAUUCCCUUUUCCGGAUCAACAGUCUUAAGCCUACAGGGGGGAAGACCAGUUCAGAAAAUCGAUUCUUGUUUCAGAAGCGAAGGCGUCACUCGGCUUCUUGAUUGUAAAAAAAGGUGUGAGAACAAGUAACUAAAUGAGUGUAUAGUAUAUAUAUAUAUUUACAUAUUCUAGGGUGAUUGUGUCCAGAUAAUUAAUGUCAUUGUUGAUUCUUAGUUUUAUGUGUGGAAUGAGAUGAGAUCUCUGGAGGUUUUUGAUGGAA